AUGGACUUUCAUCUAUUUACCAUAAAAAAGUACACGGUAACCAAUCCCGUGGAUGGAUCCACUGGUCUCACGCCGCCCCGCCCUGGUCCCUAUCGGCAACCGCAAGAAAAGCUAGUCGAGGCUGAAUCAACAGGUGGGAAUCUGCGAACUUACAGGUGUAUCCCGGAUGGCGGGGACGUUGGUUACACGAUGACGGAAUUGCAGCCGUCGCCGCCAGGAUAUCGAGUCCAGGAUGAGGCCCCGGGCCCACCUUCCUGUCCUCCGGGCUCCUACAAGUACGCGAGUCACGGCCACGGCAGCGAGCCUGCCAAUUUCAAGAGUACCUCGUCGUAUCCUCAGGAAGGCUAUGGCCUUAAGCAGAGUCCGUCUCGGACGGUGCCUCCUAACGAGUACUAUCGGCGCAGGAACGACGGCAGGAGGUCCGCGGAGAACGAGCACGAGGCUGGCAAUGCAGCCAAGAAAGCCACGGUUGCCAGUUACAACGAAAGUCACAAGAAGAAUACUGCGGGCUACAAGAACGACAGCGGGUAUAGCGAGAGCCUUGGAUUCGACAGUUACACGCUCCCUCUCAAUGAAAGAGACGAGGCGUCGCCACCGCCAACGCCGCCAGUCAGAGACGCGUCUAGCCUCAAAGGCGUCUGCUAUGGACCCGGCCACGAGAAGUAUCCGUCUUGGCCGAGCGCGCCGGAGAGGCACCCUGACGAGGACGUUCACAGCUCGGGUCACAGCGGAUCUCAUCGCUCGAAAUCCUGGACCGAUCACACCAACUACCCGAAGGAGAAGCCUGCCCAGUACACUAGACCGCACACGAAGAGGCCCAAUCCCACGUUCACGCAGCAGCUGAAGACGGUGAUGGAACGCUGCGAGAAGAUCCCGGCGGAGACUUUCGAGUCGCGCAACAGAAGCAACGUGGAGGAGGAACCGAGAUUGUGGCCUCGCGUGGAUCGCGAGGGCAAAGCUCUGGGCGACGCGGAGUACGUGGUGCCGUCACCUCCUGAGCGCGAGCAGCAGACCGCUCAGACCCUCAGCCAUGCCGAUUUGGAAGCCUACGUUAGGAGCUACCAGGAUCCCCAGGUGUCCCAGGUGGACAUUUAUAGGGAGGCAACCCUAACGCAAGCGGGACUUGAAGAAUACACGAGGGUGCAACAUUCUCAGCAGGCUAGCUACGCACAAUCCGAGGGCUACCAUAGUUACGUCUCCAGUGUGGACUCUACUACGAACACUCCGUUCCUUGACAGAUUGAGAAGAGACAGCGAGGCAGUGGCUCAGAGACCGACGUCCACCUGGGAGGACACCUCGAGGGAAGGAAGAGACAGCGUCGUGACGACGUCCAGCGGAAGCGCCUCGAGCAGCGAGACUCUGAAAUGGCACGGAUCGAUGUCGGACGUUAGCGUAUCCAGCGGAUUACCGGCUCGACAGGGCGCGUCGGAUCGAUGGCACCACGGAUCAAUGUCAGACGUCAGCAGCGUAAACGGUGGAAUUUUACCGCAGAAGCCCAACAACGGAUGUCAUGACAAAUGGCAAGGAUCUAUGAGCGACGUCAGCACCAGCGGAUUGUCCCCGACCACAAAGGGUAGACACAGCGAAAAAUGGCCGGACAAGUGGCAAGUUUCCAUGAACGAUCGCAAUAAACAGAGUCAAGGUAGAUCUAGCUUGCCGGCUGUGAUCAAUCACUGCAACGCGUCCACUAACGUGGCAGACGUUUCGUCGUCUGUCCGCGAGAGCAAAUGGCAGGAGUCGAACAUCGACGAGGAAUCAUUGGUGGAGAAAUCGCAGUCGGGAUCUCAAUGGGACAAUUCGGUUAGGAUCGAGGGUGAUAAGUAUGGAUCGCUGGCACAACCGAUGCCUCAGAGUCCGAUACGCCAGCAGAUGGGCGUCACUAGCUCCCAGAGUCCGGAAAAUUGGAAUCCUAUACACGGAUCUAUGUCAGACGUUAGCCAGGCUAACGGGUUACCGUGUAGCAAGCAGCUGAUCGCUCACAGUGCCAGAGUUCAGACUCCGCAGAGACACCACUCGGAGAGCGUGUUGUAUCUAGAUCGCGAACGCAAUCAGCGCAAGCUGUACCCUGUCAGCACUACUCAGCCUCAGGAAUCUACGCAGUCCUCGAGAAUGGCACCGACAUUGGCCCAACAGCCACAGAUGUCAGUGGCAGAGCGCAUAAACGAACUGGAGAAGCAACAGCAACAGCAGCAGCAACAACAGAUGCGUUACACCUAUUUAGACCCAGAGAAACGCCAUAGAGUAUCUGACCCAACGUUGAAGGCCAUACAGAAGAAAGCCCUGCUCUCCUUCUACGAGAGACAUCACCAGGCAUCCUGGAAGUCGGAACCGCAAUUAGCCCAAGGAACGGCCCCUGCACCGCAAAGUCCUCCGCCCCAGCCACCCCCUCGCCCUAGACCGCCUUCUUCCAGACGUGCCAGCUCGGCUUCCGAUUACGCCAGCGGCACUUGGCGGGAAAACGGUAACAGAAAUCAGAACCAGGGUAACGGGGAACUGUCGAGUCCCAAGCAUCAGCACAGCAACAGCUGUGGCAGUCUCUCCACGGAUUUGCUAGGCCCCGUGAUAGUGGGACCAGCCAUAUCGAUCGACGAUUGGGUCCCGGAAAGGCCACCCAAGAAACCGCACUUGCGAAACGUCUACAACGACCGCGUACCCAGUCCUGACCUGCCUCCACCCUCGCCUCCAACUGUAACCGAGAACGAAGUCCACGAUUGCGACGAUCCACUGCCGCCUCCACCGCCGGAACUCAGCGACGAUUGUUUCCAAGACAGUCAACGCAAGCCUAACAAUACUCUACAUCAGUCGGAAGAAUCGAAGAUCCGUGACAGAUCUUGCGAUAGACACAAAUUAGAGAGACACUCCAUGAGAAGGUCUAAGCACGGUUCGAAAAGAGAGCACGAGAAAUCGUCCGGGAAGUCAUCGCCGAAUUCUCCCGCGAAAACGGUGUCCCAAGAGCAAGAGCAACACCAAUUCGUCAGGGCUGCCAUAGCAUUGAAACACGUAGACUCCGAGAUGGUGUUAGAGAACGGGGUUUCCGCUGGAUUCGCCACACACCGAAUGGUAGCUACCGGUCGGUCCAGUUUGAGAUACCCGUCGACGCAGAAGUUAAUGGUGAAUGGUAGAGUAACGCCAGCCAGGAGAAUAUCGGAGGAGCGGCCUUUCUCCGGCAGGCCCCCGGCCCAACUACCUGAUCUCAUCUCGCAGCGAUACAGCGACUCUGGGAAUCAGAGACCUGCCCCUCAAGUACCCGUGGAGCCGAGGAUCAUUCGACAGGAGUCUAUGCGAGUGGACGGAACGCGAAUCGACGUAGCCGGCUUGCUCAGGAACGAGUCCGCCCAGAGACUGGAGUCAUCCUCAGGUCAGAGACCCCAACCGCAAGUGCCUAAAAGCGUGGACAAAAGUGCCUCGAGUAAUCAGCCUAAUCAGGUGACCAGACCGAACUACCUGCCUGUCCCAGAGAAUUCCAAGUGCGCGACCAAGUAUCUAGAAAGUGGAAACCACGGUUUCUCCAUUGGUAGUCCAGUGAAGACCGGCUACGAGGCCAAUUCCAAGAUGUUCCCCUCGGAGUCGAGCCCUCAGAAGUACCACGAGCCCCCGAAAUACGUGCCGAAUCAUCAUCAACGUCACGGAGACGUGACACAGAGGAACUACUACGCACUGCCACCCAAGUACAUCGACGCACCGAAGCAGAAGCCUCAACCCCAAUGUCCCACGGACAGAUACGGUGGUACCGGUUCUCCCAGCUCUCCUCCUCCGCCUCUGGCACCGCGGCAGAACACUCCGGGCAGGAAGUCGUUGCCUCCUCCGCCGCGGCCAGCUCCUCCUCACGCGCAACAGGGGAGCCAAUCGAAGGCCUCUUACCUGGCCUAUCGACGGGAACGAGGGGCGCCCGAUACCGAGGGCAGUUACAAGAGAACCAUGUCACCGACAUCUCGCCUAGAGGACUGGCCACCGCCACGGGAUCACGAUGAUCCGGUUCUUCUUCGCGUCACGCCUCAUCAUCCGUUGCAGCACCAUCACCAUCACCAUCACAACAAUCACCAUCCGCAACAGUCGGAGCUUUCCAAGUCGCACAGCGUGGAACAGCAGCAGCAACACUCGGCAGAGGUGAUCGGAAAGUUGUCGCACGAUUUGAGCAAGAAACUGCAGGCAAGCGAGGCGAGAUCGCGAACCAGCGAGAAUAAUAAUAACGAUAACCUGGAGGAUCGACAUCAGCAUCACCACCAUCAUCAUCAUCAUCAAGAGAAGAGGCAGCAGGAGAAAAGGCACGAUUAUGAGCAGCGUAGGGAACGGCUGUCGCCCCAGAGCGUCGAGGUUCUUAACGACAGGAACCGACAGCUGGAACGCGAACGCAGGAAGCUGGCGGCCAGUUGCGAGCCCCUACCUCAGAACAGAGAGAAGCAGAGUCGAAGCAUGGACGCGCCCUCAUCGGUGGUCGAGGAGGACUUCUUCCGCGAACGAAGCGCCACCAUCGAAAUGACCUCGCAGAACAUCGAGCUGCUGAACCGGCGUAACGAGAAGCGAACGAACGCAACGUCCACGUCGACCAGCACGAUCACCACCUGCAUCACGACGUCGUCAGCGUCCACGACGAUGACGAUCACGACGGACAGUUGCUGGCCCCGAGGUCACGAGGUACAGAGUUCCAUCGAGGCGUCGCCUAUUUCAGACAGACCUCCACCACCGACCAGUUCGCCACCGAGAUCACCGGACCAGAUCGAAGGUGACAGUUCUAGAGGCGCCAUACCCAGACGGUCCGGAAGCUGUUCUAGUUCCUCCUCUGGUAGAUCGUCGGAUCCUCGCGUUUCUCCUCGAAACUUGUCGAAUAGCUUCUCCAAGAGCGAGAACUCCUCCCCUAACAAUAGGAAAGUCUCCAGUCCCACCCAAACGGACAACACCAGUUCCUCCAACAAUAGAUCCAACUCGCCCGUUCGUUCGAACCAAACGAACGAGAUAGAGCUACGGGUAGACAGAUCGUCCUCGUCGAGCAAGUCUAGAUCAGGAGGCAGGUCCUCGACGUCCUCGAUCUCGAGCGUGUCUAAAGCUUCACCCUCGUCUUCGCCGAGGAAUUCGCCGGUCGAAGAGGACAGAUCGUCACCUCUAGCUUCACCGUGCGUGUCCCCUCAGCCUGGCAUAGAGGGGCUGACUUUGAUGCAACGCACGGAGGUUGUGCUUCGAGUGAACACGGCUACCAGUGACGCAGCCUCGCAGACCGACAUCCUGGAGCCGGCGGAGACCGAGACACCGGUCAAGACUCAGGAAAUCCCGCUCUGUAGGAAGAAACUGCCAGAAGAGAUCGAAUGCGAGGAACUUGGCAGGGACUUGGCUAGUCAGCUCAGUCCGAACGAUAAGCUGGUGCCACUUCUAGUUCCAGCGCCGGAGCACAAAAAGCCUACCGACUACGUUACCGGCCUGUUCAGGGUGGAAGCGACCUUGCAGCCGCGACCCAGGCGUCGGCUCUCCCUCGAGGAACCGACGACCCCGUGCUCUGAGAACGGAGACGAGGAGAAAAAGCAUGAGGCCAUACCCUCCACCCCGGUCACCCCCUUGUCGACGGACUCCACCAGCCCUCUGUCCCCUACGUCGGCCUAUUUCACCACGUCCGAGGGGAAAGCCAGGUUCCUCACCAGAUACUCGCGUGAUGUGACGGUCGAGGGGCUGACGAGGCAAGAGGACGCGCCACCGGUCAUCCCGACCGACAGCCUUGAUCUCAGGCAGAAAAAGGAGGAGCUGAUGAUGAGGCUGGACAAGAAGCUCGUGGUGCUGAGGGCCGAGCAGGAGGCAGUGCGCGAGGAGGGCGACGUGAACGAGGCGCUGGGAGCGCGGGUCGCCACGAGGAUCUCCGCGGUCGCACGACCCGCUGAGGCGUCCAAGUACCGGCUGCACGUGGAGGAAGUGGGCAAGAUCACGAGUCUUCUGUUGGGCCUGAGCGGCCGGCUGGCUCGGGCCGAGAAUGCCCUGUACGGAAUGCCGGCCGAUCACGCGGAAAGGAAAAUCCUGGAGAGCAAGAGGGACAAGUUGAUGGACCAGCUCGAGGAGGCGAAGAUUCUGAAGAGCAACAUUGACAAGCGCAGCGUGAACGUGUCGACGAUCCUGUCGAAGUACCUGAACGAGGAGGAGUUCGCGGAUUAUCAGCACUUCAUCAACAUGAAGGCGAAGCUGAUCGUGGACGGCCGUGAGAUUCAGGACAAGGUGAAGCUCGGGGAAGAGCAGCUAGCCGCGCUGAGGGAAGCGAUCGACUAGUCGUAAACAACGCGGAGAACCUGAUCGCGAUCUGAUCGCAGCAGAGACGCGUGAUUAUGCCUGGAAACGCGUGCUCCCUCGAGCAUGCUGUGUUUCCUUCUCUCUUGUAACAGGAAGGAGCACGCGAAACAGAUCCAGGGUAUUUUGCAACCGCCCGUUGAAUUUUCUAAACGAUCCUGGCACGCGUGUGUUCCAAUCGAUGAACGGAACGUGAUAUCACUAGCGAGUAGGCGUAUUGGUAGCUUCAAACCGUUUAUACCUUUUUUUUUCUUUUUUUUUCCUCGUUAUUAGAAACACACGUGUUCAUUGUACAUAUCCUUCGAGUCCUAGACGGACCAAAACAUGUCGAGACGUGGUCCCGUCCGUGCGAGAUUGCGCCGGUCGAGGAUUUCGUCUCGGUACAUCGUGCUUUCGCGCCGAAGCCAAGUCACUGGUCGCACGACGAUCUUGAAGAUCCAACCCCGCGAUCCUCGAGAUGGCCUCGAGAGCGCCUAGUCGUUGCCAAUCUCGAAACGACUGUACCGUGUGUGCCACGUGAUCCGUGAACAGAGACCGAUGUCACGAAUGAGGUAGGCGAAUAGAUGACGAUGUAAAGACGAAUCAGAAACGGAGUGUCGUUCUAUUCGUCCGAGAUCGCUUGAUAUAGACAGGACAUAGACCUGUGACCGUCGUUGAUAGAUCCGAGUGAAAUUCCCGGUUAAUUUGGAAGUUGUAGCUUUUCACGAUGGGAAGUAGGUCCCCGUUGGGACGGUCGAAAUUUUGAUAUGUCGCAGUAGUUACGUUGUAUCUCGGUGAUAGGGUCGCAGAGCGUGACAUAGCUCGAGGUAGAGCCGGAGGAGCGGAUCGUUCUUACGUCUGGACGUGUUCUGUUCAUGGCGAAGCGUGGAUAGACGCGACUGAAAGCAAACACGUGUACAGCUUACGAAUGUUUCCAUUACCUGGUUAGCAUAAUGUGAGCGGCGGUCACGCCGCGAAAAGAUUCUUGACCUAGAAUUACUUCUGGUGCCUUCUUAUAUACGAUAUGUGAUAUAAAGGGUAAGGAGUCACGUGCUCGUCAGAUAUAUAUCCGAACGAAUACAGGCAACCAAGCGACGUUGUAACAUGUAUAUAACGAUAAAAGAUGAAACAAGCUAGCGUUUAAGUGAUGUUACUUUGUAGGAAACACACACGACACGUACACACGUAUCCCCAUUAUGGGAUGCAGACACACGAACACACAGGCGCAUACGCGGCCAGACACGCAUUCAGAAUCAUUAUACAUGCUCACUUAUACAACGAUUACUAUUUUUUAUGUUUUUGUUCUAACCCCAGAGGCUCUCGUGAGCCUCUAUGACGCUUGUGAUCUUACUUACUUCUGUACGACCGUACCAAGGACUCUCGAAAGCGAACGUGUCAAGGGUAAUAGAGAAGAUUUCGAGCCUCCAUGGUGGUCUUACGAAAAAUUUUAUGCCUCGGUCGUUUUCCAAGCUGUUCGUCGCUCCUCUUCCCGCCUUUCAACCCCCCCGACCCCCGUACCCUUUUUCUCUUGUCUCUUUACACCGUUCUCGCGUACGCCCCAUGCCUUCUUCGUCUCGAGGAUCGUCUCGUGGCGAUCGCGAUCGAUCUCGACGACGUAUCCGAGAACGAAGAAGACGCCAGAGAUAUUCGAAGCGGAGGAUCCUCCGGUCUCUUGAGCUCGGUAAUGAGAUACUUACUGGUAGACUCAAAGAUCCCGAGACGGAAUCUGUCUUCUGUUACUCGUUCCAGCGAAAGGUUCGCGUUGCGAUUACGUAAUUUAUCAGGCGAAUUUGACGUAAGCGGGGCGAGGUUAUUGGAAUAUUUCACGCCGCUUAGUCGAGGUAGAAAACUGAGACGAGGUUAGAAUCCAGCUGCGAUCUACUUCGAUCUCGCGAUGAUUCCAGGCCACGAGCCAUUGCGCUCGUAAUUCUCUUUCACUUUGAUAUAACGAUCAUUGUGUUUGCUAACUGUUUUAACCGGUCAAUUAAUUUCCGCGAAUCGGGUACCGUGAAAUAUUUCAAGCCGGCGAAAUUCCAGGCAAUGUUAGUAUACCGUUAAUUAAGCUAAUAUCUCGGAACGAAUAGGAAAGGAAUGUUAAAUCUGAUCGAACCGUUUCGCGAAGAACGAGAUGAACGUGGAAGAAAAGAAAAGGAAAGGAAACAGUGUAACGCGCGUGAAAGACUGAGCACAGGGCAUAAAAUUUUGCGGCAACAUUAUAGUCAGUUUCUGUUCCUCGUUUGUUUCUCGAUUGAUACCGCGCUGAUACGGCGGUGAUACUGUAAUCUCGCCGCCACACCGACCGGAAACUAGCCUCACAUUUCGUAAUGUGCUUGCAAGCAGCGUUACAGCGUCGCGAUUCAUCGCGGUGGUUCGCGACAACGACGCGGAAAAUUGUACAUAAGAUAUCCAGUUGAUUCGAUGAUAAAGGAUAAGAAAGUGAAAAAAAAAAAAAAGAACGAAGGGAGACGUCGAUGAAGAUGACGAUGAAGAAACCAUGGUGCUCUGCAUAAUCUAUUUUUUACGAGAAGAAACGUUCCAUUAAUGCGUAGGCUAUAUUUACGAUACGCUAAGUUCAUUAAAUAUUUAAUAGUGUCCCCUUCUCCAUUUUGUGUACAUAUUCUUUACAAGCAUAAACAAUACUAGUUUUAAUGUGAUGCAAGGAGGACCCGUUUGAUGAAACAGUUUACACGCUGCAUACACACUGAUACGCGCGUCACAUACACGUAAGCGGCGACGCUAGGUCGUUGUGUUAGUCUGACAAUAUUAUCGCAUAUUUCGAAUGUAUUACGAAAUCAUUACGAUAACUACCUUUCCCAA